UGGGAUUUUCCCAUGAGUCUCAGUAUUAGAGUCUCAAACCCCAAUAAAUAUGGGACUGGAGAUGUCCGAGGCUCAUUCUGCCCUCGAGCCCACCAGGAACGAAAGAGAAGCUCCAUCUGCCCUCCAGGAACCCAGCUAUGAACUCUCUCUCCACAAGCGCCUUCAGACCAGUUGCCUUCUCCCUGGGGCUGCUCCUGGUGAUGCCUGCUGCCUUCCCUGCCCCAGUACCCCUGGGAGAAGAUUCCGAAGAGGUAGCCGCCCCAAACAGACAGCUACUCGCCUCCACAGAGCGAAUUGACAAACACAUUCGCUACAUCCUCGGCGGCAUCUCAGCCUUGAGAAAGGAGGUAUGUAACAAGAGUAACAUGUGUGAAAGCAGCAAAGAGGCACUGGCAGAAAACAACCUGAAUCUUCCAAAGAUGGCAGACAAAGAUGGAUGCUUCCAAUCUGGAUUCAAUGAGGAGACUUGCCUGCUGAAAAUCACCACUGGUCUUUUGGAGUUUGAAGUAUACCUAGAGUACCUCCAGAACAGGUUUGAGAGUAGCAAGGAACAAGCCAGAGCUGUGCAGAUGAGUACAAAAGGCCUGAUCCAGUCCCUGCAGAAAAAGGCAAAGAAUCUAAGUGCAAUAGCCACACCUGACCCAGCCACAAAUGCCAGCCUGAUGACGAAGCUGCAGGCACAGGACCAGUGGCUGCAGGGCGUCACGACGCAUCUCAUUCUGCGCAGCUUUAAGGAGUUCCUGCAGUACAGUCUGAGGGCUCUUCGGCAAAUGUAGCGUGGGCACCUAAGAUUGUUGUUGUUCAUGCGCAUUCCUUCUUCUGGUCAAAAACCUGCCCACGGGGCACAGAACCUAUGUUGUUCUCUAUGGAGAACUAAAAGUAUGAGCGUUAGGACACUACUUUAAUUAUUUUUAAUUUAUUAAUAUUUAAAUACAUGAAGCUGAGUUAAUUUAUGUAAGCGAUAUUUAUAUUUUUAUGAAGUACCACUUGAAAUAUUUUAUGUAUUAGUUUUGAAAUAAUAAUGGAAAGUGGCUAUGCAGUUUGAAUAUCCUCUGUUUCAGAGCCAGAUCAUUUCUUGGAAAGUGUAGGUUUACCUCAAAUAAAUGGCUAACUUAUACAUAUUUUUAAAGAGAUAUUUAUAUUGUAUUUAUAUAAUGGAUAAAUUGUUUUUAUACCAAUAAAUCAUAUUUUUAAAAAUUCAGCAA